UUGUGGCUAUCUCAUGUGCAGAAGUACAGCAUCAAGAGCAGAAAGAAGAGAGGAAAGCAGCAGCCCCAGCCUCAGAAGAAGGGAGAACCGACCAUGGGAAGAGCUCCUUGCUGCGACAAAGCAAACGUGAAAAAAGGCCCAUGGUCCCCUGAGGAGGAUGCCAAGCUCAAGUCCUACAUCGAACAUCAUGGCACUGGCGGAAAUUGGAUCGCCCUACCGCAGAAGAUCGGCCUUAAGCGAUGCGGUAAGAGCUGCCGUCUCCGGUGGCUGAACUAUCUCCGGCCAAAUAUUAAGCAUGGCGGGUUCUCUGAGGAAGAAGAUCGCAUCAUAUGCAGCCUUUAUGUUGCUAUUGGGAGCAGAUGGUCCAUAAUUGCAGCACAGUUGCCUGGAAGGACUGAUAAUGAUAUAAAGAACUACUGGAACACGAAGCUGAAGAAGAAGCUACUGGGAAAGCAGCCCAAGAACCAGCAACAGGCUCGUCGAGUCUGCCAUAAGAAUCAGGAGACUAAGGAAUCGAAAGAUGGCAACUCCCUUUGGCCCACGCCGCCUGUUCCCGCGGACCAAUUCGACCAGGUGGAUCACCAUGUUAGCGAUGGCCGUGCAUCGAUCAGAAAGUUUCUGACUACCCUCGGUGGGAGGUUUUCUUGCAAUUAUGGAGCUGAACAUGAGACUCCACUUGCUUCCUUUCUGGGACAGCAGCACUUGUAUAGAAGUUCUAUGGAUUCAAUUGAACCUUCAGAACAAGUCAAUUCUUUCAUCAAUGGCUGCUCUCCAUCGGGCUACCACCACAUACUGCAAGGUCGAAGUGAGAUUCCGGUGGAAUUUAAUGAGAUGUUCUGUGGCAACUCGGUAAAAUUAGAAGGGUUAGAUUGCUUCUUCGGAGUGGGGAACAUGGUGGGCGAGAGCAAUGGGACCAGUACAUCAGGGAGCAUGAAUUGGAAUGAGGUAAGCCCUUUGAUCUAUCCUCCUGUGGUUACCAGCUAUCAAGGGAUGCAGCAGCAAUAUCUUCCUGAUGAACUGGUGCACCUCCUUGGGGCACAAUGACUGCUGUUGUACGUGAGCCGUGCAAACUUGGUGAAGGUGCUUUGAGAAUUUGGCCCAAGUUUGGUGUCUGCUUUUGGUUUGAACCCUCACUAGUGUUUCCUCCCCAAUCUUUGGUUUUUAAUAAAACACUUAGGAGCACUUGCAUUAAUUGUGUAUUUGUUGGUUUGCUUCCUGUUGGGAUCUUCCUCCAGUUCCUGAACAGUUACUUUUGUCAUUGACUGAAAAGUUCUCUAACUCAAAGCUUUAAUUGUGCCAUGAAA